UCCUCCUCCUCCUCCUUCUCCCAGACCCAUCAUCCUCCCCCGAGCUUUCAGUUGCAGAAGCUUCUGGUCGCUCCCGUUCCCCCCACCUCCCAUGGCGAAGCGUCUGAUCCCGACCCUCAAUCGCGUCCUGAUAGAGAAGAUCGUCCCUCCGUCCAAAACCAAUACCGGGAUCUUGCUCCCCGAGAAGACCACCAAGCUGAAUUCUGGAAAAGUUAUAGCAGUGGGUCCUGGAGCUCGGGAUAAGGAUGGGAAGAUUAUUCCUGUUAGCGUGAAGGAAGGAGAGAUGGUUCUUUUGCCUGAAUAUGGUGGAACUGAAGUAAAGCUUGGCGAGAAAGAGUUUCAUCUGUACAGAGAUGAAGACAUCUUGGGGACUCUUCAUGAUUAAGCGUGCUCUUCAUUUACUCUCAGAGGCAUGAAACAAUUACUGUCAAGGAGUACUACUGUUCUGCAACUUGAUUUUCUUUUUUAAAUGAUCCAUGAGACUUCAAACCUUAGCUAGAGCUGAUUCGAACUGGGCUUUCACGAACACUUGAGCCUACGUUGCAAUGGAAAGCCAUUAAUUCUCAUUACAUAA